CAGAGCCUCCAGCUAGCACGUGUACCAGCUCGUUAAAUGAAGAAAUGGACUGUGAGCGUUUUGUGGGACCAGAACCAAACAUCUCUCAUGAAUCUGAUAGCAAAGAUCAGAAAGGAGUAAAACGUAGUUUAAAAUCAACCAAGGAGCCACAAGAGCAGAUUCUGGCUCCUCCAGGUGAGAAGACAUUUUUGUGCGAAACAUGUGGAAAAUAUUUCCAACAUAAAGAAAAUUUGUCUGCCCACGUUAGAACAGCCCACAAGGUUGAUCAACCAUAUUUAUGCAUCACCUGUGGCAAAACAUUCACUUUUGCAUCAAAUUUGAGGACUCAUUUAAGAAUUCAUACUGGGGUGAAGCCAUAUUCCUGCAUCACCUGUGGGAAAACAUUCACUCAGGCUGCAGGUUUGAUUACUCACAUGAGAAUCCAUACGGGGGAGAAGCCAUUUUUCUGCAACACCUGUGGGAAAACAUUUACUCAGCCAACACAUUUGAAGUCUCACACAAGAAUCCAUACUGGGGAGAAGCCAUAUUCCUGCAUCACCUGUGGGAAAACAUUCACUCAGGCUGCAGGUUUGAGUACUCAUAUGAGAAUCCAUACUGGGGAGAAGCCAUUUUCCUGCAUCGCCUGUGGGAAAGCAUUCACUAAUGCAUCACGUUUGAAGUAUCACACAAGAAUCCAUACUGGGGAGAAGCCAUAUUCCUGCAUCACCUGUGGCAAAACAUUUGCUCAAACUGACCAUUUGAAGUCUCACACAAGAAUUCAUACUGGGGAGAAGCCAUAUUCCUGCAUCACCUGUGGGAAAACAUUCACUCAGGCUGCAGGUUUGAGUACUCAUAUGAGAAUUCAUACUGGGGAGAAGCCAUUUUCCUGCAUCGCCUGUGGGAAAACAUUCACUAAUGCAUCACGUUUGAAGUAUCACACAAGAAUCCAUACUGGGGAGAAGCCAUAUUCCUGCAUCACCUGUGGGAAAACAUUCACUCAGGCUGCAGGUUUGAGUACUCAUAUGAGAAUCCAUACGGGGGAGAAGCCAUAUUCCUGCAUCACCUGUGGCAAAACAUUUGCUCAAACUGACCAUUUGAAGUCUCACACAAGAAUUCAUACUGGGGAGAAGCCAUAUUCCUGCAUCACCUGUGGGAAAACAUUCACUCAGGCUGCAGGUUUGAGUACUCAUAUGAGAAUCCAUACUGGGGAGAAGCCAUUUUCCUGCAUCGCCUGUGGGAAAACAUUCACUAAUGCAUCACGUUUGAAGUAUCACACAAGAAUCCAUACUGGGGAGAAGCCAUAUUCCUGCAUCACCUGUGGGAAAACAUUCACUCAGGCUGCAAGUUUGAGUACUCAUCUGAGAAUCCAUACGGGGGAGAAGCCAUAUUCCUGCAUCACCUGUGGCAAAACAUUUACUCAGCCAACACAUUUGAAGUCUCACACAAGAAUCCAUACUGGGGAGAAGCCAUAUUCCUGCAUCACUUGUGGCAAAACAUUCACUCGGCCAACACAUUUGAAGAAUCACACAAGAAUCCAUACUGGGGAGAAGCCAUAUUCCUGCAUCACCUGUGGGAAAAGAUUCACUCGGCCAACACAUUUGAAGUAUCACACAAGAAUCCAUACUGGGGAGAAGCCAUAUUCCUGCAUCACCUGUGGCAAAACAUUCACUCAGCCAGAACAUUUGAAGUCUCACACAAGAAUCCAUACUGGGGAGAAGCCAUAUUCCUGCAUCACCUGUGGGAAAACAUUCACUCAGCCAACAAGUUUGAAGUAUCACAGAAGAAUUCAUACUGGGGAGAAGCUGUAUUCCUGCAUCACCUGUGGGAAAACAUUCACUAAUGGAUCACAUUUCAGGACUCAUAUAAGAAUCCAUUCUGGGGAUAAGCCACAUUCCUGCAACACCUGUGGGAAAACAUUCACUCAGACUGCAAAAUUGAGUACUCAUAUGAAAAUUCAUACUGGGGAGAAGCCGUAUUCCUGCAUCACCUGUGGCAAAACAUUCACUCAGAAAGCAAGUUUGAAGAUUCACACAAGAAUUCAUACUGGGGAGAAGCCAUAUUCCUGCAUCACCUGUGGGAAAACAUUCACUACUGCAUCACAUUUGAGGAUUCAUAUAAGAAUUCAUACUGGGGAGAAGCCAUAUUUCUGCACAACCUGUGGGAAAACAUUCACUACUGCAUCAAAUUUGAAGUCUCAUACAAGAAUCCAUACUGGGGAGAAGCCAUAAUCCUGUAAAAUAUGUGAAAGAUGUUUCAGAAGUUCUUGUAUCACCCAUGUGAGACAAAUCCACAAGGAUGAAACUUCAUAGAUGCAACUCCUGUGAUGAAAUAUUCUGAGCAAUUUCUAGAAUUAUUUAGAUUUUACUUCAGCAAAAAAUAAGAUGUUGUUGUUCCUUCAUGUAACUUGCUGUUAGUUACAUGUUUUGGGGGGAUUUACUACUAAAAUCUUUCAAACAACUUGGUUUGCAAAUUGAGUGAUGUGGAAAAUUUCAAUAAAAAUUUCGGAAGAAGAGAAGGAUUUGUUUCUAGGUUUAUCUAAUAAAACAGUCUUGAUGAGUGAUCAAAGUUACAAAAGUCCAUUUAGUGCUUGUAAGCAAAAGAUCAAAUACACAAGCAUGUAUUACGGUGCUUUGUGAAGAUGGCGUCUAUUUAAGGUAGUUCCUACCAUCCAAUUCUAUUUAAAGAAGAGUUAGAUGAAGAAUAAGAGGGACAGAACAAGAAGCUGCAAUUCUGUUCUGCUAUUGGAAGAGAAAGAGAUGGUGCGUCAUGUCUGGGCCAUGAUCAAAAAGAUGAGUAGAAAAGGGAAAGUUGCAAUCCCGGUGUUAAUAGAUGGAGAAGUCUGGGCAAUUACAAAUAAGGAGAAAGCAGCACUACUGGCCGCAAGGCCUACAAAUAAACCAAAACAAAGAAGUUCAGAAAUAAGUUAUGUGUAAUAAUGUGAAAUGACACAGGGAAAAAAUAUUGAACACGCUUACUGAUAUUUAUUCAAUACUUUGUACAAAAGCCUUUGUUGGUAAUGACAGCUUCAAGAUGU